AUGAUCCUCGUACCAGAGAACGAAUUACCCAAGAAAUUAGAGGCGGAGAGCUCGACAGAUGUUGUCGCCUCGACGUCGGCGCCAGAGAAUUCUACACAUGAUCCGCCACCCACAUACACGCCCUUCGAUUCUUCCGGGUCGUCACAAUCUGGGGCCCGAUUCCCGCUUCCUCGAGAUGUGAAGCCGAGCAACUUCACGAGCCUCUCGAUUGGCAACGCUGCGAUCAAAGGGACGUGGGUUGUCGACCCGACGUUGGUCAUCCCCAAGGAAUUUCUGGCGCCGCUGGCGAAAGACGAGACAGAGGAGAACCGGAAGAACCUCCUGCUCGAGUCGAAGAACGGCUCCGUCGAUGCGAACAUCUUCGUCAUGCCGAUGAGAGCAGACGCCCUUGCUGUGAUAAAGGAACGAAAACGAGUCAUCAUACGCUGCGCAUCGCGUAAUGGGAGUGUCACGGCCAGGAUUCACGACGUCCAAUUGCCUUCGCAUCCCAACGACCUACGUCCACCUCUACAGGUGUCCCUCCACUCCCUGAACGGCGCUAUCAACCUCCACCUGCCGCGUUCCUAUCGCGGUCCGCUGCGCAUCCGGACAUUUAACGGCAGCGUCCGGUUCUCCGACGCAGUCCAAUCCUCCCUGACGCAGUUCUCCGAAGUAGACCGCGUGAAGCGCAACUUCCUUGGCCACUUUGACCCGUCCGAGUUUGACGCGAGCGUCCAAUGGGCCGGAGACGAGCUCGAUGCGGAGACGAUGAAUGGCGCUGUCAGGGUUUACUUUGAUGAUGAAGGGAGUCCACCUGGAGCGCAGAAGCCUAAGUCUCCGGGGUUCUUGGAGAGGCUGUUUCGAUUUUGA